AUGUCGACCAAAAGAAAAAAUACUCCAACCAGUAAAAAGCCCAAAAGUAAGGCUAAGAAAGUUGAAUACGACGAGGAGGAUGAAAUUUCCAGUCCUUCUGAUCUUGAGGAUGCUGAUGCCGGCUCUAAUGCUGACGGGGCUGAAGACGCCGCCGCUGAGGAAGAUCUCACUGAUGUUACCAGUAUCCCGGAACUGAGAGCUCCUGAGGGAGGAUGGGGCAAACCUGGUACUCUGGUGAUGUGUGGUUUGACUAAUUGGGAAAUGGCUGGUCGUAAAGCACCGCCAAAAGGUGUGAAAGCUAACGUCGGAAGGAGCCUUUGGUCGCCGCAUACGUUUAAGAAUCUCAACGGUGCUCGAGUGAGACUGAUUGCUUCAGGACCUUCGUCAGCACACAACGUAAUUGUCACUGAAGACAAUAGAUGUUUGGUGUUUGGAAAAAAUGACAAAGGACAAUUGGGACUUGGAGACGUGAAGAGACGCGAUGAUCCAACAGAAGUAGAGGCCCUAAAAGGACACACGGUAAUCGCAGCAGCGUGUGGACGCAAUCACACUUUGUUUUUAACUAGUCGUGGUAUAGUUUUCGGAGCUGGUGACAAUAAACUGGGUCAAUGUGGAGUUGGAAAGUCCGACGCUACUAUACUUACUGCUACAAAGGUUAAAUACACCGGAGCGCCUAUUGUCAAAGUCGGUUGCGGAGCAGAAUUUUCGAUGAUUUUGGACAUCAAGGGUGGCCUUCACUCGUUUGGAAGCCCCGAGUAUGGAGCACUUGGCCACAAUACCGACGGAAAGUACUUUAUAACAAACUCAAAAAUGGCUUUCCAUUUUGAAAAGGUACCUAAGAGGAUCGUUCUUUACGUGGAGAAGAGCAAAGACGGUCAUGUGAUACCACUAGACCGAGUUGAAAUUUCAGACUUUAGCUGCGGUUACCAUCACACUGUCGCUAUUGACAGCAAGAGCCGGGCGUUCUCUUGGGGAUUCGGUGGAGUCGGACGUUUGGGACACAAUGAGCAGCGUGACGAGUUGGUACCACGUCUGAUAAAAUUCCUAGAGCCUCCCAGCCGUGGUGUCAGGUCCGUCCAUUGCGGUAGUACUUACAGUAUUGCUAUCAAUGUUCAUGGCUCCGCUCUGAUGUUCGGUCAGACUAAACGAACUGGAGAAGCCAACAUGUAUCCAAAGCCUAUUCCUGAUCUGUCCGGCUGGGAGAUCCGAUGCGUAGGUGUCUCGCAAACCAGCGUUGUCGUCGCUGCUGAUGAGUCGGUCAUCGCCUGGGGCGCUAGUCCUACUUAUGGUGAACUCGGCUUCGGAGAGAUGCGAAAAUCCUCGACGACGCCAAUGGAGGUCAAGGCGCUGGAAGGCCUCUACAUAACUGCUAUUACUUGCGGACUUUCUCACACGAUGAUGAUUUCUAGAGACGAGUCUGAAGAAGAAAAAGCUAAACUAGCAGAACUCGCGGUUUACUCGGUUUAAGGUGAUUAUUGUCUCAGAA